AUGCCAAUUUGUUGCAUUUCAUUUAUAUCAUCACUGAGCGUGAUACUGGGAUAUAACUAUCUUACCCCUACAAAGUACACAAAUCUUACAAGUGGCCAUGUGUCUGAUGGUCUUGUAUCAUCGGAUGGAGCAGUGAAAGACAUAGACGGUCCAGCACAUGUAUUAAUUUCUUCUUCGGGUUCUUACGAUGCAUGUACAGAUCCGUCGACAUACCCUCCUAAGACUCCUCCUUGGAUUGCGAUAAUAACACGUGGUGGAAUUAAUUGUACAUUUUCAAUAAAAAUUCAACGAGCAAAAAAUUAUGGUGCACAAGCUGUACUCAUUUUUGAUCCAACUGCGGACAAUAAGUUAUACGAUAUGGUUAAUAAUUGUUCGGAUAUGGUAUCAAUUUUUAUAUCACGUCAAACAGGUGGACAACUUUUAAUGCUCGCAACUGAUAAUCAAACGAAAUUAAACAUAACAAUUCAAACAACAAAAACUGAUUCCAAUCCUGAUAUAUUUUUUGGCAGUGAAUCAGCAACAAUUUUUAUAGCAGCAUCUGUCUGUAUAUUAAUAUGUCUUUGUUUAUCAUGGUUAAUAUUUUACUAUUGUCAAAGAAGAAGAACAAGUACGGCUAAAGAUCGUCUUCAACGACGAUUAGAAAAAGCAGCGAAAACUGCUCUUAAUAAAAUAUCAUUAGUGUCAGUCAAUGAAGAACCACAACCCGAACAAACAUGUGUGAUAUGUUUGGACUUAGUAAAAAGUGGUGAUGUUCUAAGACAACUUGUAUGUGGACAUGCGUUUCAUCAAGAUUGCGUUGAUCCUUGGCUCUUAGAUAAAAGACACUGUCCGUUAUGCAAUCUUGAUAUAUUAACAGCUUACUGUAUACCUGUUCCCCGUGACUAUCAUGCGAACAACACUACUACUACUACUACUACGGUCACUAAUUCAGCAGCCAAUAUUCCUUAUACAGUAACUACAACAGCCACAUCUAACCGCAUAAACAAUGUGGCACCAUCGUUUGCACCGAUUCAUCAGUUGCAAGAUAAUAGUAACAAUAAUUAUAAACCAAUUCCGACAAUAUCAGCCUCUGUAAAUAGUAAUGGUUAUCAAUCAUCACCACGUUUUCGAAAUGAUAAUCACACAUUAUCGGCAGUGUCACCAGUUCAACCCUUCAUAAAUACUCAGGCAUUCGAUGAAAGCUACAGACCAUAUGAUGCAACAAAUCCCACAUUUAUUUCGGAUGACGAAAGACUGUGA